AUGCCCGUCACACCCUAUUCGUACAAGCGGUUCAGCCUUGACGAUGUAUUGAUUGAUAUAGCUGUGCGGUUUAUCUUGAACUGUCCCGAGGAGGACUUAUCAACCCUCGAGCGGUUCUUUUUCCAGGUCGAAGAAGCUCACUGGUUCUAUGAAGACUUUGCCAGGGUCAGCCACCCAGCCCUUCCGCACAUGACACUAAAGAGCUUUGUUGAAAGCUUGUUCCUAGCAGUACCACUAUUGAAAGACUACAUUACCAACCCUAUUGACGGUCUGUCCAAGUUCAGAAGCUACAAAUCUGUUAUUCCCGUCAGAGGUGGUAUCAUAUUGAAUGAGACGUUGGACAAGGUCCUCAUGGUGCAGCCCUGGAAGUCCAGAGUUUGGGUAUUCCCAAGAGGUAAGAUCAACAAAAACGAGUCGGAUGAGAAAUGUGCCAUCAGGGAGGUUCUUGAAGAAACCGGAUUUGAUAUGGGCGCAUAUCUUGUCCCCAACGACUUUAUCGAAGUGACCAGACAGAACAAGAAUAUUCGACUUUAUGUGGUUAAAGGUGUACCUGAGUCAACUGUUUUCAAAACGCAAACACGAAAAGAAAUUUCUGAGAUCAAAUGGCACAAGGUACAGAGUUUGCCCGUAUUUUCGAAAAGCAAAAAAGUCGCUGCGUACCAAACGGCUAUUCCGUUCUUGUACAGUCUCAAGCAGUAUAUUGCUCGGGCUCGUGGUGAGGUGUCUGAGCUGUCUACCCAGGAAACAAAUGCCCUCAAAAACCUGCUGGGUCUCAAUGGCCAAGUCGAGACAGAUCAGGCAAGUGCGCAGAGAUUGGUUUCUAUGAUCCAGGCUCCCAUGCAGGCACCUUUGUUCCCUCCGGCACCCCAGUUCGAUGUGGUACCAAUGUAUCAGGAUCGACAAGUGAUUAUGGAUCUAUUCAAAAACAGAGAAUCGUCUGAGGAAAAUAUCAAGAGUGCACAGCAUAUUUUGCAGCUUUUGCAACAUGAAAUUGCUACCGAGGAGGUCAUCAAAACUCCCGCAAAGAUCAUUGUUCCUGCUUCUGAAGUCCCAACCCCAACGCCUGGUAAUUAUGCUUCGCCACCGCCUGUUCCUCCGAAUACCAUGCUCCAGUCGCUGCUAACCAAUCGCAAGGGCACGAAUUCUGGCAUGCUCUCUGUUCUGGGCGGUGAGAGACCGUCUGCAAAACCUGCUCAGCCUGCUCAGCCUGUACAGCCCAUGAAAUCGGAGAAUAAUCUGCUUUCGUUUUUGAAAACUGGAUCGACUAUGUCGUCUAGUGGCAAGUCACUUAUGUCGUUGCUAAAGGGUCCUGAGCCUGAGACUUUGAACGCAACUGCAAACCCAUCUAAUUUGACUUCAAAUCACUCUUCGGCCAAAAAUUCGUUAAUGGCAAUGCUAACCAAGGGCAAACCUCCUGCUGAGGGCGUUUUGGAAAAGCCCUCGGUUCAGAACGCACCUGCUAACAAUCUGAUGGACCUUCUGAAGACGUCCACACCCACAACCCACGAACAGACUGAAGAGGUGACACAGGAGCGUGCCGACGAACCGGUCAUGAAGCCGAUUGAGGAGCAUGUCGAAAACUUUGCUGAGGAGCAUACCGAAAAGUUUACCGAGGACCAGGCGAAAGCGCAGACCGUACAGGCAAAACUGCGCGGUAAAGCAGAGUCAGAUCUGCUCGGUCUGUUGAAGGCCUCUGAUGCUGCGGUAUCUGCAGAAGCGGUUGGUAAAAUCCCUGAACCUCAAUCAAGAACCGCAAGCUCAAGUCUUAUGGAGCUUUUGAAUGGUAACAAAGAGGUCAAGUCUGCACCUCACCCUGCACCUGCACCUCACCCUGCACCUGCACCAGCCCCCCCCAAUGUGAGUUUGAUGGAGCUGCUAAAUAGCGGGCAACCGACAGAUGUCAAAACAGAGGCCGAUAAGGAUAAAUUUCAGAGCACAGCUGGUUCUGAGCUGAUGAACCUGUUGCACGGAGGCAUGGAGCUGACAACUAAAGCGCCAGCCAACUCGUCUAUUGAACAACCCAAGCAAGCAGAGCCUGUUGAAGCCUCAAAGAGGCCUAACCUUAUGGAUCUACUUAAGCCCCGAGAAUCAGCGGGCAAAUCAGCAGAAAUACCGGACACUGCCGCCUCUCAAGUCAAACCACGGGAGGGUAAUGGCGACACAAAGAUCGACGCUGUCCAGCCACUUAUCGACGCGACGAAUAACUCAACUAUGCCUCUCAGGGAAUCGUCACCCGCAGCAUCAUCGUUGAUGAAUUUGCUGCAGUCCGCUGUCAGUUCCGAUCCUGGUCAAAUUGCAGCUGAAAAGCAGGAGCAUGCAGGCGGCGGUGUCUUACAGAGCCGCACGGAAUCGGAGGAGCUGCAGAACAAGAGAGGUGGAGAUGACCCAGAAAGCAAAAACAUCAAACGACGUGGGGAUGAUUCCAAACCCAAGCAAUCAGAUCAGAAAAAGGCGAGUAAUGGAAAACAGGCGGCGGACACAGGAUCGUCGAAGGGAUCGCCGGCACCCCAAUCACGUGGCCACAACGGACCUCCGGGUAGGAAUACAAAGGAUGAGCUCAAGUCGGCCACUCUGAAAAACCCCAGCAAGCCUCCGCUUCUCGCACGAUAUUCCCGAGAUACACUCAAGGGAACUGUGCCUGCGUUUACAGCGGAUGGGUAUCCUAUCGAGCAAGAUCUCGUCCUCUAUCUGAGACAGGUGCUAGAGAUUGCUUGA